CUGUUUACACAGAAAUAAUGGUUUUGGUUGCCCAGAGACUCUUAGAAACGGGAGAGGCACAAGCGCGCCGGCGCGUGUCGCAAUGAAUCAUGGGAGCAUGUAUGUGCUCAGUCAUGGAUCUACAGGCAGUGACGCAUCUCCCUUCAUGUGUACACUCUCUGGUCAUGUGAGCGGAUUGCUGGAGCGCUGACACAGCGCGCAAACUCUCGCGAAAUUAACCGCAGAUUUGACCAAAAAAUGCCAACGCAAAGCUGUUUCCGGGUCAGGAGAAGGCUGCGGAGGACAGGACGACAGGCGGAGUGAUUACUGGAGAGGAUUUUGUAGUAAACUGACCGGGCAAAUCCACCGCUUUGCUUUGGCUAAUAAGCAGCUAGCCGCGGAAGCUAACGGCAGCUAGCUCUGUGACAGCCGACUGACAGCUCACUCCGCCCGGUCACAUGAAGGGACUCUAACCGGGAGGGAGGAUGGCGGAGCGGGAUCUGCCUCUGCAGUCUUCUCCAGAGGUUUCACAAAGUUCUGGGAGGCAGAUUGAUUCCUCGGAUGAGAACGGACACGGUGACAGCCCAGAUGAGACUCUCUCUCCCACCUCGGUGAUCUACUUCAGGGAGGCUCUGGACUCGAACCUGCGGCUCGGGAAGGCUGGCUCUCUGUCCCCCAGCCCGAUCCCCAAGUACGACUUCAGGAUCGAAAGGAUCGACUCCAAGCGCAGAAAUCCUAAGGAUCCCAUUGCAAUCGAGAGGCUUAACUUGAUGAACAUGGCCAAACUGAGCAUCAAAGGCCUGAUCGAGUCUGCUCUCAACCUCGGACGCACGCUCGACUCCGACUACGCACCGCUGCAGCAGUUCUUCGUGGUGAUGGAGCACUGUCUGAAACACGGGCUGAAGACCAAGAAGACGUUCCUGGGCCAGAACAAGUCGUUCUGGGGAGCGUUGGAGCUGGUGGAGAAGUUAACGCCUGAGGCCGGAGAGAUCACCGCUAGUGUCAAAGACCUGCCCGGCCUCAAGACUCCUCUGGGCAGAGGACGCGCCUGGUUACGGCUCGCCUUGAUGCAGAAGAAACUCUCUGACUACAUGAAGACCAUCAUCAACAGAAAGGACCUGCUCAGUGAAUUCUACGAGGCGAACGCGUUGAUGAUGGAGGAGGAGGGCGCCGUCAUCGCCGGGCUGCUCGUCGGACUAAAUGUCAUCGAUGCCAAUCUGUGUAUGAAGGGAGAGGACCUGGACUCUCAGGUCGGGGUGAUUGAUUUUUCAAUGUACCUCAAAGACGGAGGACACAGCAGUAAGAGUGCAGAGGGUGACGGUCAGAUCACAGCCAUCCUCGAUCAGAAGAAUUAUGUGGAGGAGCUGAACAGACAUUUAAGUGCAUCAGUAAAUAACCUGCAGGCGAAGGUGGACGCUCUGGAGAAGUCCAACACAAAGCUAACAGAAGAGCUUGCAGUGGCAAAUAACAGGAUCAUCACUUUACAAGAAGACGUGGAGAGAGUAAAGGAGGAGAGCUCCUAUCAGCUGGAGUCCAGGAAGGCAUCAAGAAGCGACUCGGCAGCAGACGGACAGGUGCUGGGGGAAACACGCAAGCAGCUCAAAGAGGAAACUCUGCUCCGAUUGGAUGUGGAGAAGGAGCUGGAGGUGCAGAUCGGGAUGAAGCAGGAGAUGGAGCUGUCCAUGAAGAUGCUGGAGAAGGACGUGUGUGAGAAGCAGGACGCUCUGGUGGAGCUCCGGCAGCAGCUGGAGGACAUGCGCAUCAUCAACCAGCAGCUGAGCCACAAGUCACAGACUGCAGACGCCGGCUCUAAACAGAAGAGUGAAGCGAUCGCUCGCCUGGAGGAGAAGAUCAACCAGAUGACGGGGACGGUAAAACAGAUGGAGACCAGAUACAAACAGGCUGAGAGAGAGAAGGAUCUGGCUCUAGAGGCCAACCGGCUCUUCAAACAGGAGUUUGGAGACAAAAUCGAGAGUCUGCAGGUGGAGAUGGAGCAGCUCAGGAGGCACAGGUCGUAUCUGGAGCUGGAGCUGAGGAAAGAGCGAGAGAGGAAGAGCGAGCAUCAUGGGGACGCUGCGUCUGCUCAGUCCAGUCAGUCUACUCCUCGCAGGGAGAGGAGGCUCCCAGAGAACAUACCAAAGCGUCUCCCAGAAUCUCCGCCAGUGAAAAGGGAGAAAGAGCAGAUUCUCCCUGGAGCCGAGGACAAAACCAGCCUGAGCUCCAGCGUGUCCUCGAGGUCACAGCAUGAGGAUGAACAGCAGGACGAGUCCUUUGUGGAGAUCAGUCAGCCCUCCAUCUGCUCCAUGUGUGAACAGGACGACUCCCUGCUGAAGACAAAGAAACAGUGUAAGAACUGCAGCGGUGUUUUCUGUGAGAGCUGCGUGUCCAAAGAGCUGCCGUUACCUUCCUCCAUCCUGCCGGAGACGGUGUGCAGCGCCUGCUACUCUCUGCUGCUGCAGCAAUACGCUUCAACGCCAACAUGAGACGAGGAACUCUCCGACCACACGCAUGGAAACCAAGAGGCAUUUAUUUGUACAACUGGCACUGCAAAAAUGCACUUUUUUCGACUUUGUGACUCGAGACGUUGUGAAAGAUUUGACUUAAAGAGUCCUGCGGGUUCUGAACUUGCGAUAUAUAUUUUUUAGUGACUUUAAAUAAGAAGUGUCCAAACAUGUGCCAUUUGAUUGUGAUUGCAGGUUUUUAUUGUCGCUGUAAUUCUUCCUUUCGGGCUGAAAGUGUUGAGCUGCUGUGGUGUUUCUUCAGUGGAAACCUGCAACUCAAACAGCUGUAAAAAAAAAAAAAAUGGCACCUGGGUGGAGAU